UUCUUCAGUCAUUCUCGUAGCAUAUACACCACCAUACUAUUCCUUCGGCACGUAUACAUACCACCCCACGCCCUGUCCUAUCCUCUUAACACCCCACUGCCUGCACGCGCCGCAAUUUACCGGAUGAAUUGUACUCUUACACCUUCUUUGCAUCUAGGCAAUGGUACUGGAUUGGAAGAUAGGAAGCUCGACGUUCGCUCAUCGCCUGCCUCAACACUGGCUUUUGCGCCUCUGCACACACGAUCCUUCGCAUUCGCCUACUCAUCCUCGCCACGGCCUGAGAUGCACUGUUUCAUUCACUUGUCAACCUGAACAUUCGCAUUCACACUCUCUCAGCACAACGAACGAACGCUGCACGCAGUAAUGGAAGUGGUUUUUGGUGGCCAUAUCAAGGACUAG